AUGCACUUUUUAAAAGCUUUAGUAGCCUUGCUACUUCCACAGCUAGGAUUGAGUUUGGCCACUCCCAAACCGGGGAAUGAAACUGCCGGGCAUAUUCCAGGGACGUCAAGUCAUCAUGCCAAAGUCAGAGGUCAAACCUAUCAUUAUCUCCUCGCUGAGCCUACCUCUGCCCAGAAGGGCACCAUCCUUCUCUUGCAUGGGAUACCGGAUCUUUCCUAUGGCUGGCGCUAUCAAAUUCCUCCUCUUGCGAAGCUUGGCUAUCGUGUUAUUGCUCCGGACAUGUUGGGCUACGCAGGUACUGAUUCCCCUUGCUCCGUCACUCACUGGGCUCGCAAGGAACUUGCGGCCGAUAUGGCCGACCUCAUUGGACAGCUUGUGCCUAAGGGGGAGCAAGUCAUCGUCGGUGGCCAUGACUGGGGUGCCGGCCUGACCUAUAAGGUUGCUCUCUGGCACCCCGAGCUUGUCAAAGCAUUCUUCAGCAUCGCCAUUCCUUACGUCCCCCUUUGGUUGGGCCCUACAAAGGAAUGGGUCGAUAUGUUGGAUCUCGUGGAAAACGGUACCUUCCCAUCAAUGGGAUACCAACUACAAUUCCGUGAAGAAGCCUUGGAGCGCAACGUCACAAGCCUGGCCCAGAUCCGGUCGUUCAUCAAUGGCGCCUAUGGUGGGACGACUUUGGACGGGAAAGGCGCCUUCUCUCCUCAAAAUGGGGUUGAUUUCGAUAUUGUUGAUCAACUAGGUCCUAACCCAUUAGUGAACAGUUCGGAACUAGACUUUUACGCCAAAAGAUUUCAUAUCAAUGGUAUGCGGGGCCCCUUCAACUGGUACCGGACCAGAAGAAUGGAUUGGGAGGAUGAGCUGCCGUUUCUCAAGGACGGCCCAAUCAAGUACAAAAUGCCGGUCCUCUUCAUGCCCGCGACCAAGGAGCCAAACUCUAUGCCCGCGAACAUCUGGACCGACAUGGGCGACUAUUUUGAGUCCUUGAAGAUUCAAGAAUUGGACUCACAUCACUUCGCGCACUGGGAGGCUGCCGACAAAGUCAAUGAGGCACUGGCAACUUGGCUGCCAACGUUGCAAUAG